AUGAGAAAUGCUGGGCUACACACUAAAACAAAGGAACUUUUUAAAAAUAACGAUGUAAAACAGUUCAAGAACCUCUGUGUUUAUGGAGAAAAGGGAAUAACUGUGGCUGAGGCUCUGAAGAGAGACGGUCGCUUCAUUGAUGAUCUUGGCAACUUUGAGCUGUCCAACAAUCAGGAUCCCAAACGCCUCACUGUAUGCACACAAAAGGUAGAAAAACUACACCAGAAACAAUUCAAGAUACGCCUUCCAAAAGAUAAAAAAGAACACAAUGGAAAGCCGCAAGAAAGCCCAUCAAAUAAUUCUCAAAGUAAGUGUGAAAGAAGAUCAGGGUCAGAGAUCGUCUAUUUAGCACAACAGGAGGGAAUCCGUGUAAAAACUGCAGUGAAAGAAACCAGCAGUGAUGCUGAUACAAACAAGAUUUAUGAACUACUGCGUGAGCAGUUUCCAGAUCUGAAACGAUGGAUGGAGAGUAGAUUCCCUGGUGAUUUGUAUCAGGAAGCACUGAAUCUCAGGAAGGAAAACUUUGGAAAGAUCCAGCAGUCCUUCAGUGAAGUUCACAGAGUCAGGAAGCUGCUAGAACUGGGAAAGUCAGUUUGCAAAGUCAGUGUUAAGGAUGUUUCUAUGGGAACAGGCUUUGUGCUGUUUGAUACUUUCAUCCUGACUAGUGCACAUUUUUUUGAUGGUUACGUUGAAGGAAAUGAGCUGCAGCAGGAUGUAGAAGUGUUCGCUAUUUUUGACUAUGAGAAGUCUGAGCCAGAAACAAAUUUGUACUACUUUAGAGCAGAGAAUACAUUCAUUGACUUGGAUGCUGAGCUAGAUUAUGCAGUUCUGGAGCUCAACCCUGAAGGCUCAAAACCAAACCAGCAAACAAGAGCACAGAAAAUAAAGAGCCGAAGCCGGCCCAUGCUGUCGACAGACAGGGAGGGGGGCUGGCAGCCUAGCCUGCUGAAAUGGAGGGCUGAGCAAGGCGACGAUCUGAAAGUCCAGACAGGGAGCCAGCGUUGCAGGCUGGAGAGCUCUUACUCACUGGCUGAAGUAUCAGACACAGCGAGGUCUGACAAGCGUGUAAACCCACGGCACGUGGUUAGCACGCCAGAAAGCACAGGCAGUUGGCUAGGACGAGCCCGCGUGCAUGCUCCCCAAGGAUCCCCAGCUGGGGCCUGGGGUGCCCAGGGCCAGAACCCGGAAUUCCAGGAGCAGAGUGAGGAGAGGAAGCGUAGCUCACCGAGCUGCUGA